AUGGCCCGGAUCAACCUGCCACCAUUGACUCGCAGCCUCCUCGCCGCCGUCGUCGCCUUCACAUUGCUCAACUUCGCCCUCCGCCCGCAUUCGAACUGGGUCGAGAAGGUCGAGAAGCCUUUGAUCGGCGUGGGCAAUGGCGUGCCCUACCUGACCAUAGUCCCUGGGAAAUCCAUCAUAUACCCUUGGGUGUUUGCACUGGCGACCGUGGUGGAGCAGAAUGUCCUAGGACUGGUCAUCACGGGCCUCACCAUCUUCUACGGUGGCCGCUAUCUGGAGCGGGCAUGGGGUUCACACGAGUUUACAAAGUUCAUCUUGUUCGUGGCCAUGAUACCGAACAUCCUGAGCUUUCUCCUCUAUAUUGCUGGCUACCUUCUGACCAGUAAAGGCUCUGCGCUCUUCACUACCAUAUCCGGCGGCAUUGCCAUCCAAGCAGGCUUCCUCGUCUCCUUCAAGCAGCUCGUCCCCGAACACACCGUCGCCAUAGCAAAAGGCAUGAUUCGUAUGCGCGUCAAGCACUUCCCCGCCAUAUUCCUCCUUGCGAACACAAUAUCCGGCAUCGUUCUAGGCACCGAGACCGCCAUGUUCCUCGCAUACUUUGGUUUUAUGACAGCAUGGGUGUACCUCCGCUUCUUCCGCGUUAGCCCGUCGCUGUCGUCGAGCGCGACAGGUGACGGAUCUGUCAUCAGAGGCGACGCCUCAGACACAUUUGCCUUUGCCCACUUCUUUCCCGAACCCAUCCAGACGCCAGUCGGCACAUUAACGGAAGGGAUAUAUAACACACUGGUUUCGCUGAACAUGUGCACACCUUUUUCGUCCCAAGAUAUCGACGCUGGCAACGAGCAGGCGAGCGCUCGCGCUGAGGGAGGUCUCCCGAGCAUCAUGAACCCCAACAGCCGGGGUGGAAGAGGAGGAGGAACACGCGCAGAGGCCGAGAGAAGGCGUGCCUUGGCGCUGAAAGCAUUAGAUCAGCGGUUGCAUGCUGCGACAACUCGAGGGCCGAGUACUGCUGCUCCAGCAGCGCCUUCAGCUUCGGGGCCCUCCAAUAUGCUGGGCGAGACGAAUUACGAACCUGAACGACCACAUGCGCUAGAGAAGCCUGCUACAUGA